UGGUGCUUUUCGUUGUUUAGGUUUUUGAGAGUGGGGCUGAGUUUAUGUCAAUUUCUAGAGAAAAUGUGGAGUUUUUGUUUGUGGAUUGCUGGUGGAGAGAAGGCGAGGGUUUUUGGUAAUUUUUGCAUACCAAUGGAUGUAACAAAUUCUCAAGAUGUAUUCUCGGGUCAGAACACCUGUGGUGCAUUGUUGCAGCAACUUCAGGUCAUAUGGGAUGAGGUUGGUGAGAGCGAAGAGGAGCGUGAUAAGAUGCUGCUUCAGCUAGAGCAAGAAUGCUUGGAUGUUUAUAUGAGGAAAGUCGAUCAGGCUUUGAAGUCCAGGGCUCUGCUUCUUAUGUCAUUGGCUGAUUCCAGAGCUGAACUUGCUAGUCUUCUUUCUGCUCUUGGGGAAAAUACUUAUGCUGCCCUUCCUGACAAGUCAUCCGGUACAAUCAAAGAACAACUGGCAGCCAUUGCACCAACAUUACAACAGUUAUGCAAACAAAAAGAAGACAGGCUUAAAGAGUUUACUGAUGUUCAAUUACAGAUUCAAAAGAUUCUUAGGGAGAUUUCUGGAAAUUCACCAAAUGGUGAGAAGUUGGGAAUGCUAGUGGUUGAUCAGAAUGAUUUAUCAUUACAGAAACUGGAUGAGUUCCAUGUUCAAUUGCAGGACCUUCAAAGAGAAAAGAGUGAAAGGCUGCAUAAGGUUCUUGAUUUUGUGAGCACUGUUCAUGAUCUUUGUGCUGUGCUGGGGAUGGAUUUUUUUGGAACAAUUACUGAAAUCCAUCCCAGCUUGAAUGAGUCCAUUGGUGUUCAGUCCAAGAGUAUAAGUAAUGACACAUUAUACAAGCUUUUCAAAAUGGUUGAGAGCUUGAAGGAGGACAAGAGAGUGAGGCUACAAAAGCUUCAAGUGUUGGCUGCUCGGCUCACUGAUCUUUGGAAUCUGAUGGAUACUUCCUCUGAAGAGCGCGAAUUAUUCCGCCACAUUACCUCUAAUAUAUCUGCUACCGUGGACAAGGUCAUUGUCCCUGGAGCCCUCGCACUUGAUAUAAUUGAACAGGCUGAAGAGGAAGUGGAGAGGUUAGAUAAACUGAAGGCUAGCAGAAUGAAAGAAAUAGCAAUGAAAAAACAAGCUGAACUUGAAGAGAUAUAUGCCCAUGCUCACAUGGAUUUUGAUUCAGCGGAAGCAGAGAAGAAGAUUGUGGCUUUGAUCGAGUUUGGGAAUGUCGAGCCUUCCGAAUUAUUUGUUGAAAUGGAUGAUAAAAUAUUAAAAGCAAAGGAGGAAGCGUUGAACAGAAGGGAGAUAUUGGAAAAAGUUGAGAAAUGGAUGUCUGCUUGCGAAGAAGAGAGCUGGCUCGAUGACUACAACAGGAUUUAUCAUGGCCUUGUAGAAACUCUAGUGUCCAAGACUCGAGCAUGGGAGGAAGCUCAUGGGAUUCAGUUUACAUAUGAUGGUGUUUCCCUUCUCGCCAUGCUUGAUGAGUACACCAUGCUGAGGCAUGACAGGGAGGAAGAGAAGCGCCGACAGAGGGACCAGAAGCGCUUCCACGAACAACUCACUACAGAACAAGAAGCCUUAUUUGGCUCAAAACCGAGCCCUGUGCGAUCAUCGAGCAUGAAAAAAAUGGUCGUUCCUCGUGCUAAUGGAGGCUCAUCGAACCACACGCUUAGUCGCAGACUGAACACUCAUCAUCAUCAUGGAAGCAACAAUGGCGUAAGAUCUGUCAGUAGGGACGGUAAGAGAGACAACCGGCUUUCAGCCCCUGCAAACUACGUCGCAAUAGCGAAAGAAGACGCUGCUACUACCUUCUCCUCAGGGAACGAUCUAGUGCUGACUUCUCCAUGAAAAAUAGUUUCAGUAACCUCUGUGCUUAAAUAUUCUUCUAUUUCUGGCUUAGGGUUAGGGUGUUCUUGCGAACAUAUCGAGGGGAGUAAGUAUGAGAUUCUUUUUAACUCUAGAAACAUGUGAAGAAGGCGUGAUGUGUAUUUCUUGUGGUGUGUUGUAGUGUGUAGAUAGAUAUAUAGUCUGUGUUGUACUUGUUCUGCUAAUUUCAAUCUUGAUUCAAUUAUCUCACCA